AUGCUGACAAGUUUUCAGCCUGCCGUACCGGCGUCUUGCGACGAUAAGGAAGGUCACUACAUUAUCCUUCCUGGGGAUUGUAUUGGGAACGAUCAUCGAUAUAAAAUUGUGCGUUUGCUUGGUCAAGGCACAUUUGGCAAGGUUGUCGAAGCUCAGGACCUGCACUCACCACGACGAGAGCGCAAGGUGGCCGUUAAGAUCAUUCGGGCUGUUCAAAAGUACCGCGAUGCGAGCAAGAUCGAGGUGCGCGUUCUGGAGCGGCUAAAGUUGGCGGACCCGCAAAACAUCCACCAAUGUAUCCAUGCAGAGCAGGUGUUCGAUUUUAGGAAUCACGUCUGUAUCGUCUCCGAGCUGCUCGGGAUGUGCGUAUACGACUUCUUGAAAGAGAACGAGUUCCAGGCGUUCCCGAGGGAUCAUAUAUGGGCUUUUGCCCGUCAAUUGCUGGAUAGCGUAGCUUUCCUGCACUCACAAGGGUUAGUGCACACAGAUUUGAAGCCGGAGAACAUCCUGCUUGUUAACGACACAUACAAGCAGAUUUCCAUACCAGGAUCAUCAAGACGGCAACCCGCACAACACCAGAAGAUCCUGUUGGACACUCGGAUCCGCCUAAUCGACUUUGGCAGUGCAACCUUCGAGACCGAGUAUCACAGCUCCGUAGUAUGUACAAGGCACUACCGUGCGCCGGAGAUCAUCCUGGGCAUGGGCUGGUCCUACCCAUGCGACGCGUACUCGAUCGGCUGCAUCUUGGUCGAGUUCUACACAGGGACAGCACUCUUCCAGACGCACGACAACGUAGAACACCUAGCCAUGAUGGAGGUUGUCAUGGGCCUCAUGCCUACUGCUUUCAAGAAUGUCGGCAGGAAAAACAAGCCAGAAUUCUUCAAGUCCACUGGUUUACUGGACUGGCCAAAGACGCGUGCAUCGAAAGCGUCCAAGCGAGACAUUUCCAAAAUGAAGCCGCUAGAGCACAUCAUCGACCCGAACAAGGACGAUGCGAACAAGCGGUUCUGCGAGUUGGUCAAGGAACUGCUGGCAUUCGAUCCCAAGCAACGUAUACGAGUGCGGGACGCACUCUCCUCACCCUUCAUACGGAUGAACAUCCCGCCCGAAUCGAGCAAGCUCCUCACGCGGUGGAACGGCCUCUAA